GCCAGACCUCAUGUCAUGUGACCUCACCGCUGGCUGGCUGGCUAUGGGGGGCGAAGGAGCAGAACCGACUCGAUUGUAGCUUCCAAUCUGUGCUGCAGCACCUCGGCCAGCGCUCCCUUUCGACCUGAUAUGACAGCAGCACCAACGUAGGAUCUUCUGUGGUCAGGCCAUCCAGAUAAAGGCCGACUGAAACAGAGGGACGGAGGCCGAGAUAUUUCGCUGAGUUGGAAGCCGUCAAUGCUGAGCUGUCUGUCUCUGCUACGCCAGGAUCCGUGAGGCUGGGAGAAACAACACCUAGCCACCCGCGAGCUCCACCCGACCCAUCAUGAUGGCAUCCAGUGACGUGGAUGGCAGAGCUGAUGGUGCUAUCUUCACCGACCAAAAUCCCUCUGAAUUAGAUGCCCUGUGUCCUUCUCCUCCUGGACCAUCAAGAACCCAGCGGAACUAUGAGCGGAUCGGAGGAAGGACGGGAGCCUCUUUCUGUCAGACUCUGAUCCACCUUCUGAAAGGGAACAUUGGGACCGGUCUGUUGGGGCUGCCUCUGGCUGUGAAGAACGCCGGGCUGGUGCUUGGACCUGUCAGUCUCCUGGUUAUGGGAAUCAUCGCAGUCCACUGCAUGAAGCUUCUUGUGAAAUGUUCCCACCACCUCAGCGUCAAGAUGAACCAGCCAUCUAUGACCUACGGAGAGGUGAUGCAGUACGGGAUGGAAAACAUGUCGUGGCUGAGGAGGCAUUCACGAUGGGGAAGUCGGAUGGUGAACUUGUUCCUUAUCAUCACCCAGAUGGGCUUCUGCUGUGUCUAUUUUGUCUUCCUCAGUGACAACUUCAAGCAGGUUGUGGAAGCAGCAAACACCACCAGCUUUAGCUGCCAGGUGAACCACACCAACCAGACGGAGGUCCUGGUUCCCAGUUUCGACUCCCGUAUCUACAUGCUCAUCGUCCUGCCCUUCUUCAUCCUCCUGGUUUUCAUCCCCAACCUGAAGUACUUGGCUCCCCUCUCUCUCAUCGCAAACCUGGUCAUGACUCUCAGUCUGAUUCUGAUCUACAUCUAUUCCAUCAUGAACAUCACGUACCCCAUUGAUCUACCAAAGGUCGGCAGAUUUAAGGACUACCCUCUGUUUUUUGGGACGGCCAUCUUUGCCUUUGAAGGGAUCGGAGUGGUCCUUCCUCUGGAAAAUAAAAUGCAGAGGCCGCAGAGAUUCACCCAAGUUCUGUAUCUGGGUAUGGGCAUCGUCACGUUCCUCUACAUCAGCCUCGGCACCAUAGGAUACAUGUGUUUUGGAGAGCAUAUAGGUGGGAGCAUCACUUUAAAUCUCCCAAACUGCUGGACGUACCAGGCUGUAAAACUCCUGUACUGUUUUGGCAUAUUCAUCACUUUCGCCCUGCAGUUCUACGUUCCUGCAGAAAUCCUCAUCCCGCCGGCUUUGGCCCGUGUGGGAGAGAGAUGGGAGAAGCUUGUUGAUCUCAUGCUUCGCACCGUUCUGGUCAUCAUCACAUGUAUUCUCGCCAUCCUGAUACCAGAGCUGGACCUGGUCAUCUCAUUGGUUGGCUCGGUCAGCAGCAGUUUCCUGGCACUCAUCUUUCCGCCCAUCCUGGAGAUCCUGGCCUUUCACACAGAGGGCCUGUCGCCACUGGUGAUCAUCAAGAACCUGGUCAUCAGCUUGGUGGGGCUACUCGGCUUCCUCUUAGGAACUUACGUCGCCGUCGUGGAGAUUAUCGCUCGAAAUAAUGUCAAACACAAAGAGACGUUCUACACCUACAUGGUGCAGUAAAACAGACUGCUAGGCCAUUCAGGCCAGUUUAAACUCUUUUAGGGCAUAUUUUUUAUUGUAUGUUUUUAUUUGCCGCUGUUGUACACAUAUUUUAAUGUAAUCAUGUCACUAAUGUAUGAGAGCGUCACAUUAAAUUAAUUACAGCUAUUAGUGCAGUCCAAAAAUAAUUGUAAAUACCUUCAUGCUGAAGAUAACUUCACCAGAUUUUAAGAGAUUAGAGAAGUUUUAACAGGUAAUUUAUUUUAUUUACAGGCUGAAGAUAUUCAUGUAAAUUUUCCAGUCAACAGAUCAAACUACCUCAAUAAUUAUUAAUAUUGGUUUUAACUCCCAGAUUCAGAGCUGAUGCUGACUUACAGUUGGUUUGUUUUUCACCUCAUCCCAAACAGCUUCAAGAUUGCAGCUUUGAGUGGUUUUAAUUACCAUCCGACAUCUUGACAGAAAUGAAACAAUGAUAAGAGAAAAAUGCACUUUGAUUUAUGCCUUAAUGAAUAAAACUGCACUACUUUAGCAGUUUUUGGUAAAACAUUAAACAGACUUUAAAUUCAAAAAUACUGUAUGGAAAACUCAUUGAGGGUUUUAAACCAAACCCUUGCAUAUUCUUGGUAAUAGAUGUGCUUUUUUUAUCUUCACUUAUCAAAUCCAUCGAUGUGUCUCUGGUCACUUGUUUUAAAGAUAAAUGUAAUAUGCUUAAUUAUAAUUACAGAGGGUCAGUGCAAAACUUCUGAAGCACACUUUGUAGCAUUACUGGGAGAAAUCAACACAAAACACAUGAAAUCAAGCGAGUUUAAAUGAACUAUGAUGAAAAAGAGUGUGUAAAAUCUAUAAAACAGCCCUCUUCAUACACUUCUUAUGUGGCCUUACUUUACAUUAGAAACACCAUGCAACAUUUAAAUAAAUUACAAACUGAAUAAGCAUUUUGGUACCUUUUACAGUUGUUACACAGCCACAUUUAAAGUUUUGAUUUUUGUGCGAAGUUUUACUGGUGAUGUCGUGCACUCUAGGUUUUAACCCUUUAAACUGGUCAUAAGAUUUUUUGAGACUUUCCCAUAGUGUGUCUCCUGUUGUUAUUCUGGGUUCACACUGUGCGAUUGUCAUUCCGUCUUUAGCCAGAAUCUUUUGUCGUGAGCUGGAUUUGGUGCUCUGUGGUCCUUUGCUGCGACUGACGUACCAACAGACGUACCAACUGACCAACAACCUGCGACAUAAAUCAAGCAGUGAUAUUGUCUGAGAUAAUCAUGCAGUGUGACUUCUGCUGUGAAAGACAUCUGAUUCUCGUCACCCUGACAUGAGCGUGUCUGCGCUGUCUCCCCUUUCUCCUCCUCCUUUCCCUCUUUUCAGCAUCCAACUCUAAUUAUAUGCACAUUAACAGCUGUAACGUCCUUUUCGUUUAUUGACGGACUGAUAUGUUUGUCUCGUGCAACAGUGCUGCAGUAGCUGUGUUGCCUUUCAAAGUUCAUUUAGAAAUGUUUUAGUUUUUUACAUUUAUGCUGAAAAUAAGCCUUUAGGUUAAGACUUUUUUGCAUAAAUAUUAGUGGUGAGAAGUAUUUUUCAUGGAUUUCUCAUGCUCCAUAUGUUGGUCUGCUUUUUCUGGUCAAAUACAUUUUUGCACCUCCUAAAGGCUGUUCUCUGCACCCUUUUGCCCCAGUUCAUCAGCUUUUUACAUUUAGUGACUCUCUUCAGCUUUGAAAUAUUAUGGGAGAUUCAUGAGAAAACCCAGACGAAAAUGUUUUGAAAAGGCAGUAAAUUAAUGUAAAUGUCUCUGAAAACAAACCAACAUUUGAAUCCUUUCUGACCAGAGAUGAGGAUUAAUUAUAUUUUAGUUCAUACAGCUUUAAAAGUUUAAAAGUCCUCACCGAGGAUUUGAUAA